AUAUUAGAUACUAAAUAAAAAAUGAGUUCACACGUGUAAAAUGGAAAAUACCUAGGUAUGGAAACAUGCUCGUUAGCAAUUAUUAUUAAAAGCCGUCCCUCCCGUGCGGCAAAAACCACAAUUGAAUUAAGUUCAAUUUCGCGCGACAUUUUUUUUGCAUACGUUUUAGUUUUUGAUUGUAUAAAAUAGUGGGUGGCGGCCGUCAUCGUUCAUUAUUUUCGUGACUCCAAGAAUCUUCAGUUGAGCUUUGUGGUACCGAUACCCCUGCUCCGCCGCUGCCUUCCGUCAUCGCCGCCGCUCGCCGCCCCGCCCGCCCUGUCGCCGCCCGCCUGCCCUGCCGCCGCCCCCCCUGCCCUGCUGUUGCCCUCGCUGCCCCGCCUGCCGCUGUCGACCACCGUCGUCUGCUCUGCCGCUGAAGUCUGAUUGAAUACCGACUUCUCUCAUAAAAAUAAUGUCUGACUCCGAGUGCGAAUCCGUUGUCGGCGCGCACGUCGAGGCUGCAGUUGCUGCUGCAAAGAAGAAACAGACGAGCAAAAGGAAGUCCAGCGCCGCAUCGACCAGUUCAAGCAGCGCACCAAGAGCGCAGAAGAAGAAACUGCACACGAUUGAUAUUUUCGGGUUGUGCAACGACGAGGACGAAGUGUUGGCGCAGAACAAGACGCUGCCAUCCUUCGUCGUAAACCGCGUGGCCAACGGGAACCAGCGACGUGUAGCAAACACGUCGGGCGACUUUUACGUGGAGGUGAAAGUUUACGCGCGGCGUGACGCUGAGGACGCGCCGAAGGACACCCGCUGGACCAAGGCCUUGCUGCGGCUCAACACCUACGUGGAAGACGGGUCGCCGCAGUGGAAGUUGCUGCAUCGAUUUGUGAAGGAGGCGAGCAACCUCUUCAGCGACAGCACGCCGUCGUUUUAUAACCCGGAUACAAUUAAAUUUAAAGAAGCAUAACCUUUUUAAUAAUCUACAUCUAAUAAAAUAUAUUUUUUCCUAGUUAUUCCCGUUAUUAUUAUUGUUUUGUUUAAUAUAGCUG